AUGCAGGUUUUUUUUUCGGUUGAAUUAGUUUGUGAGAAUUCCGCACUCGUAAAAAGCAUCUUUUCGUGACAGUGACGUAUUUGGUUCAAGUUUCCUGAAGGUUGCAAAUGACCAUGCGACAUCUGUGGAUGUUACUCGCCAUGUUGGCGGUGACAAUGAAUUGCGUCGAUUCAAGAUGCAUGAUGUGUGAUCACUUGAACCGGGACACCCCGUCGUCGAUCUGUCCUCGUCGAUGGGAAGAGUGUGGAAACUGCAAGAACGGAUUCGUUGCGGACAAGCUCACUGGGAAUCGGGAAUCCGAAAUGUGCCUCAAGGCGACGGUUUCAGCUGCUGCUGACCAACCGCUCGACGAUUCUGCACGCAUUCCAUCUUUUUUUGCCCAGCAUGAAGUCGUAUUUUCUGUUGCUGGAUUAACUUUAUUGUUUGCUGGUAUGCUGGGCACACUUCUGUGGAGGCGGAAGAUCUGUGCAAAUGAUCCCCCAUUGAAUCAGAAGAUCACGCAAGCUACUCAGGAACAGCUGAAUGCAACCACUGCUCUUCCUGAUCAAGUGGCAACCGAUGGUGGCCCAGAAACAGCGAACCUGCUGACAGAUGUGCGCGUUGUGAAUGAUGAUGGGAUUCAACAAUUCGAUUCUGAGCGAAUGUCUUCUGGGUUCGGGAGUGAGCCGUACGUUCACGGGAGUAUUUUCGAUAUUGGGAAUACGACCUCACUUCCACGCAAUGUGCAGCGAGAAACUCCGGUCCGUGCUGUUCCUUUUAGUAGCUGUCGAACAAUCCCUUCUUUCCCACACGACGUUGCUGGAUCUGAUGCCGUCGAUUUUGCGCUUCCGUUUUUGAACCUCGGAAACCGCCACCAGCCCGCAUCGAACAGCAAUCCUACGCAUGAUGCCCUUUGGAAUUAUCGAGGCGAUGGCUUGGCUGAUUCAGAUGAAGGGGAUGUGAAUUUAGAUGGACCAAUAACGUCAGUGCCGGAUGAAAUGCGGGUUCCUGGUACACCCUACUACCAACCUUCGCAGCAGUCCAUUGCAGGUCGAAACCGUUCUUCCGACGAAGGCAUUAGUUCGUCAGUUGAUGGCAUUUCCGAUAUGAUGAAUCGUGCUUCCGUGCUCGAAACGAAUGAUUCCAUGGAUUCCAUCAGUCGCCUUCAGGCGGACAGCAAUAACUCGACGGCGGUUCUGUCGCGUGUGGCCCACUCAAUUCCUGCAGAAAAUCAAGUGGCUAUUAUCCCGCAUUCCUUGGAAAACGAACGCUUAGAGGAAGGCGCCGAGGCGGGUCGAGCGUCUGAUCGCCGUCGUCCUUAUGAGGAGACUAACGUCGAGUUCGGGAUUGCUCUGAAAAUCAAGCAUCGCCGGUAUGACUGAAAUAUGCACCUGCUCAAUUUUUUAUUUUAUUUUUUACCUCCACCGGAAGACGUCAUCAAGAGGUUGAAAUGAGAGCUAUUUUUCUUUGGGCCGAAAAAUCUUUUCCAUAAAGAGUUCGGUUCUUCGGGUAUUUCGAGCUAUAAUUUUCUAUACCUCAGUGAAACCUCAAGAAAAGCAAUAAGCAUCGACAUCUACUCUAUGUUGGAUCUUAUUCGAGCCCAGUGUUAAAUUGAUUUCUCUCCAUGAAUAAUUCCAACUGCAGCAGUUACCUGAAUCGCUAACGAGAGACUUUCAUUCAGCUUUUGCUUUUUUUUUCUGGAGUCUCCGAUGUGAUCGCUUUAAUUUGAUUUUGUAAGAUAUUGUGCAAAUAUUCACUUCGAGGAAGAUCUCGUGAGAUUUUAUUUCGUCCUUAUAUCGGCGAGAAGGUCGCGUGAUUCAAUUCUGUGAUUUAAUUUUCACGCGUCCGAGUUGUUGCGGAAAUUGUCGCCAUCGAUCCGCCGACCUCAGCCUGAUUGUUUUCCAUAUUGCAGUUUUGAUUUGCGAUGAAGAAUUUUCCCCUCGAAAUUAUCAAAAUAAAUGUUCUUCGUAUUUGGUCCGCAUGCGCUGCGAAGGUACGGUACUAUUUUCUCACGAUUCCCUUCCCAUUUUAUCGGAAUUCCGAGUGAUUUAUUGUGGGACAAACGGGUUUCAUGUCGGAAAAUAUUCGUUGUACUGCAUGUCUGAGGUCUCUGAGCUUCCGUUUGCGGAACUUCUCAAUGUCAAAUUCAAAUACGCAUUUCGAUGUGCUGUGAGAGGAUGCGGAUUUGACUUUCACGGAAAACUGUCUACCGAAAUACCUGAUAUAUUUCGAUAAUUCAUGCUUAGACUGAAUUUUUUCGGAAUUGUUGUCCGAUACGCUGUUGAAGUUGGUCUAACGGGCGCUGUGCGGUUGUCCAGAGUGACGCUAGUUUUCGGAAAACUGUACCAGACGUGAAAGUCUGAAGUGGAUCUUCGUUUUUGAACAGAGGCGAACGUAUUUUUGCCGCAGUCCUUCGGGUUUCAAAAGAAGUGGCUGGCUGUUUUUUUGAGCUGUUUCCUCCAUGUCUGUUUGGUUGACGUCAACGACGGAACUGAGGAAGGAAUUUUUUUUUGUGAUGAGGGUGUGAUGAUGAGAUUGGAAGGUUUUCAUGGCUUUGAUAUUGGAGGUUACGCUCAAGUGAGAAACUAUGGUUCGUUGAAAACAUCGGCGAAUUUUGCAAUGGGAGCAAAACGUUGCAAAAGCACGUUUUAGGCGCUGCCUUUUCCUCUUGUCUGAGGGCUAUUGUGCGCUAAUGUUACUCCGUUCCGGCAUAUUCGGUUGAUUUUUUGACUGUUGGAAAUAAAAGGCGUUGAAUUCCCUGGA